AUGACCCAGAGGAAUUCCCUCGCCAGGCUUGCAUAUCUCACUCACCUAUCCCCUGAGCUUACCAAGCCAUACGCUACAUAUAGUGACGCGUUUGUAUACAACAAUUCGACGGGUACCAUGGCGCACUACUUUUUGAACAAUCUGGAAUCCCCUAUAGCUUCCACUGAUCCUGAUAAGAGCAAUCAAAACGACGACCAAGCCUCUACUGAAUCUCCUGCCAGUUCGGUUCCAACGCAAGGCCUUCCUCCUUGUUUGAGCGGCACUCCACGGCUGACCACGGCUGCGACCGGCUCAUCACACCUCACUUCACCACCAAACUACCGUCCAUCUGGUCAAUCAACAUGGGCUCAAUAUCCGAACCACCCCAAUCGACCUCCCACUUCACCAACCUCCCCCCAAAUCCCAACGGACGAACCUUUCGCCGUAAACGCCUCCUACAUCAAAGACACCCACCCGAAAAAAGUAAACCUGGGAAUCGGCGUCUACCGCACAAACAAAGGAGACCCAUGGCCCCUGCGCGUCGUCGAGGACGCCGAAAAGGCAAUCUAUAACGCGAACGAUAUCAGUCGACACGAAUACCUGAGCAUACAAGGCGAUCGAGAAUUCCUCCGAUUAGCAGCGGAUCUAGUCUUUGACUUUAACUCUGCACAGACCUGCGCUGAUACACUGCAAAGUAGCCUGGGCAGGGUAACAUCAAUCCAAACCGUCUCAGGAACAGGCGCAAACCGACUCGGUGCGGAAUUCCUCACCCGAAACAUCUCUCCAGGAACUGUCUGGAUACCGGCACCAACAUGGGCAAACCACCACACAAUCUGGGACCUAGCCGGCGUGCCACGAAAAGAAUACCCAUACUACAACCAGACGACAGGAGCAUUCAACUACGAAGAAACCCUCCAAACCCUCCGCACGCACUCUGUGAAAAAUGACGUCCUAGUCCUACAUGCCUGCGCUCAUAAUCCGACCGGCGCAGACCCAAGUCGCGAACAAUGGGAGGGCAUCCUGGAUGUCUGCAAGGAAAAGGGUCUAAUUCCAUUCUUCGAUCUCGCGUAUCAGGGCUUUGCUUCCGGCGAUGUGGGUAAAGAUGGAUGGGCUAUACGACGAUUUUUCGAAGAACGGGCUAUUGAAUUCGUUGUUGCGCAGAGCUUUUCGAAGAAUUUUGGCCUUUAUGGGCAGAGGGUUGGUGCUUUGCAUGUUGUUUCCUCUUCAUCUGCUGCUCAGGGCGUUUCGGAUGACAUUCUCGCAACGCUGUGUCAUCUUGUUCGCGGGGAGUAUUCUAUGGCUCCGAGGGGUGGGGCUGAGAUUGUGCGGAGGGUUUUGGGGAAUAAGGAGCUACGGGCGAGGUGGGUUGAGGAUUUGGAUACGAUGAGCACGAGGAUUUUGUCGAUGAGGAAGGCUUUGUUUGAGGAGUUGGUUGCUUUGGGAACGCCCGGGGAUUGGGGGCAUGUUGUCAAUCAGAUUGGCAUGUUUACAUAUGUUGGUCUGUCGGAGAGUCAGGUCUUUGCUAUUCGGGAACGGUAUCAUGUUUAUAUGCUCAAAUCUGGGCGGAUUUCUAUUUCUGGUUUGAACGAGAGUAAUGUUCGUUAUGUUGCAAUGGCGAUCGAUGAUGUGGUUCGAUCGGUUUCUUAG